AUGGCUGCUACCCUUUUUGGCUACGCUAUUGAGCCUCCGAGUCAGAUCAUGAUCGCGCAUGUACUAAUGUUGGCUGACUUGUCAUCGACCGACGUCGAAAUGGAGAGUCUCCCCACCGAGCUGAGCCUCCAGAUAGCCAAACAUCUGUCUCACUGCGAUCUUAAGGCCCUCGCACUCACGUCCCGCCACAUCGUCGGCGUCGCACAGACUAUCCUCUUAUCCAACGUCGACGUAUCCGGUUCUCACCAGGAUGUUUGCUCCUUUCAAGCGAGCGUCGCCUCCCGUCCGGCAUACUUUGGGCCUAUGGUUCGACGUCUUCGGUUCUAUUACAACAUCGAUCAAGGACGGCUAGACUUCCACGAGCUCAGGCGAUUAUUGCGUAGCCUGCCGAACUUGCGCUGCCUACACAUAGACGUAGAACAUUAUCUUCUCUUCUCCGGAAACUACGAUCGCUUGUCAGACGCGAUAUCGAAUAUCGCCGGACAGCUUACGCACCUUCAGAUUGGUCGCUCUACGAACCCUUUGAAGCUCGCAAGCACCCUUCGUCGACUAAACAGUAUCACCGACUUGUCCCUUGAUGUUCGUUCCUGUAAAACGGACCCCGCGGCAGGGGAUUACAAUCAAGUUAACAGCCUACCAAUAUUCCUAAAUACUCUGAGCGCGAUGAGUGCUCUCGUCCGACUUUAUAUUCGCGGUCCACCCCAAUUUGGAGCCACAUUUCCCUUGAAAAAUCUCCUCCCAUUCGCGAUAUGCGAUAUCCUUCCACACACACCUCAUCUCCGACAGCUGGUCUUGCACGAGCUCUCUCGAGACCGAGGCCCUCCACCAACCAUUCUCCUCGAAUCUUCGUCUCUCGCUCAGCACGUCUCUCUGCCGACCACUCUUAAUUCGAUCACCUGGGUCGGUCACGACGCGCAACAUCAGAGCAACUCACAGCACAGCGCUAACACCGUGCGGACGCUGUUCGUGCGCAUCCCUUCCUUGACGAGAGUCAACCACCACGAACGGAGCUACCGCUAUGUGUUUCGUCGCAUAGAAAAUGGUGAUAAUCAAAAACCUAUACAGCGCCGUUCUGAGAGACUCGAUGGGAUUUCGUUGGACAGGAAACUCGAAGCGUAUGAAUUGCGUAUGAACUAUUGGAAUCGGCGGGGUGGGACCUCUGAAUGA